AACAAACAAAAAGGAGAAGGAAAGAGAGGAAGGGUAUCCGACUCCCAUCAAAGAAUCGAAACCGUUGAAUCGACUGGUCACCAGAAGUGACAAUGAUCAGAUGGUGGAUUUGGGCCUUUUCAUUGUCUGAGCUCUUUGUGAGCUCUGUGGUGCAUAUGCUAUAUGGGCUAUACAUAUUCAGCACAGCUGUAGCAUCAGACAUGUCACAAGCACUUAAUACAUGUUUUAGACCCAAAACCAAUGUUGUGGUGAAUGAGGUGCAAUGCAUGGGACCCAAUUCAGAUGGACCGCCUCCAAUUGUUCUUGUUCAUGGCAUUUUUGGAUUUGGGAAGGGGAGGCUUGGAGGGCUGUCGUAUUUCGCCGGUGCGGAGAAGAAGGACGAACGGGUCCUCAUUCCGGACUUGGGUUCGUUAACUAGCAUACAUGAUAGGGCUCGUGAAUUGUUUUAUUAUUUGAAAGGUGGGUGGGUGGAUUAUGGAGAAGAACAUAGUAGCACUUAUGGACAUUCACAGUUUGGGAAAAUGUAUGAACAAGGGCACUAUCCCGAGUGGGACGAGCACCAUCCGAUCCACUUCGUGGGCCACUCGGCAGGAGCUCAAGUUGUUCGCUUGUUGCAGCAGAUGCUCGCCGAUAAGUCAUUCAACGGCUACGAUGACACUUCAGAGAACUGGGUGUUGAGUCUUACAUCCUUAUCCGGCGCACUUAACGGAACCACAAGAACAUACUUAGAUGGGAUGCAGCCCAACGAUGGAAGUUCGAUGAAGCCCAUGUGUCUACUUCAACUGUGCCGCUUGGGUGUUAUAAUGUACGACUGGCUCGACCUCGCUUGGCUGAAGAACUACUACAAUUUUGGAUUUGAUCACUUCAACUUGACAUGGCGAAAGAUGGGCCUCUUGGGUCUUGUUGAUUGCUUGUUGGGUAAUGUGGGUCCAUUUGCUUCAGGCGAUUGGAUCCUUCCCGACCUUACAAUUCAAGGGUCCAUGCAGAUCAACUCCAAGAUCAACACCUUCCCUCACACAUUCUACUUCAGCUAUGCUACUAAGCAGACACGAAGCGUCAUGGGGAUCACGGUCCCUUCUAGUUUAUUCGGCAUCCAUCCAUUGCUUUUCAUUAGAGUCUUGCAGAUGAGCCAAUGGCGGUAUCCAUCGGACGCCCUGCCGCCUUUCAAAGGAUAUAGGGAUGAAGAUUGGCAUGACAAUGAUGGGGCCCUAAACAUGAUAUCGAUGACCCACCCUCGGAUCCCAGUAGAACAUCCCAGCCAUUUAGUCGUAGACGAUUCGGAAUGCCAACCUCUGCAACCAGGCCUAUGGUACUACAAGAUCAUGGAAGCAGACCACAUUUUCUUCAUCGUGAAUCGUGAGAGGGCAGGAGUGCAGUUUGAUAUUGUAUAUGAUAGCAUCUUCCAACGGUGCCGAAAGCAUGCGUUUCGGACCACUCCGCCAACAUUACCCAACCAAAGCAAACAGUAGCAGUUCACACCAUGUUUCAUCAUACAAGCCAUCUACGCACAACAAGAGAGAAUGAUAGAAAGCUACCUAUGUAAAUCAGGUUGUUGUUUGAGCACAAAGCUUCCCUGUUUCUAAUAUUGCGAGGUUUUGAAGCCUUAAGGUUGCACAUCUACACAACGCACGUGCCAACCUGGCAAGCGUGUGGCAUAUCUGACUCAA